ACCGCCGCCUACCCGUCCACGCUAGCCGCUAACAAAGCACGCGGCUAUAAAUAGGAUUUGCCCUUCUCCGUCACUUUACGAAUCACCCAUUUGUAUUUUUCUACAGCUCACUUUCCUUUCGUGCAUGAUAGUUGGAUCGUCUUCGUCCUGAAGUGUGUGAAGUGGAGAGAAGAGAUAGAGAUGGAGAUGGGGCUGGUGGAGCGGCUGGAGGCCGCGGUGCGGCGGCUGGAGGUGCUUGCGGUUGGGUCUCAGCCGGUAGUGUCCGAUAGAGAUCUCGCGAAUGACUUGUCGUUGGAUCCGGCCAUAAAGGCAUUUGAUGAAUUCUUGGAUAGUUCUCUCCGGAGAGUAGUGGUAGCUGCCGAGAAGAUCGGGGGUCAGACCCUUGAGGUUACGAAGGUACUGGAGCAGGCCUUCUUGGUUGAGAAGGAGCUUCUGAUCCAGGCCAAACAGACUCAGAAACCUAACUUGAAGGCGCUGGCUGAGUUUUUGAAACCACUAAAUGAAUUGAUUGUAAAAGCAAAUGCCAUGACCGAAGGCAGGCGAUCUGAUUUUUUCAACCAUUUAAAGACCACGGCUGACAGUCUAUCUGCUUUGGGAUGGAUUGCUUAUUUAGGGAAGGAUAGCGGCAUGAGUCUUCCCACUGCCCAUGUGGAAGAAAGUUGGCAGAUGGCUGAAUUCUAUAACAACAAGGUCCUUGUAGCAUACAGAAAUAAGGACUCAGAUCAUGUCGAAUGGGCAAAAUCUUUGAAGGAACUCUAUUUGCCUGGCUUGCGGGAUUAUGUUAAAAGUUUUUAUCCUUUGGGUCUUGUUUGGGGAUGUGCUGCAACUGCUUCUACUUCAGCGCCAAGCUCUACUUUGUCUGUGGCUAAGGCUUCACCAGGCAAGGCCCCGGCAGCACCACCUCCUCCAUCUACUCCUCUUUUCAGCUCCGAGACUGCAGCCCCACGCCCUAAACUAGGGAUGUCUGCUGUGUUUGAAGAAAUCAGCUCGAGUAAAUCUGUCACAUCAGGUCUGCGGAAGGUUACAGAUGGCAUGAAGACAAAAAACCAAGCAGACAGAACUUUUGUAGUAAGCUCUACUGAGAAAGAAACACGUACCAGUUCCCCAUCAGUUUCUAAAGCAGGCCCUCCGAAGUUUGAGCUGCAAAUGGGCCGCCGGUGGGCUGUUGAAAAUCAGAUUGGAAAGAAAAACUUGGUUAUUGAUGAAUGUGAUGCAAAACAAUCUGUCUAUGUAUAUGGGUGCCGGGAUUCUGUGUUGCAAGUCAAAGGGAAAGUAAAUAACAUAACUAUAGACAAAUGUAAUAAAAUGGGAGUCUUGUUUAAGGAUGUGGUAGCUGCUUGUGAAAUCGUGAACUGCAAUGGAAUUGAGGUGCAGUGCGAGGGCUCAGCACCAACUAUAUCCAUAGACAACACAGGAGGCUGCCAACUGUACCUGAGUAAAGAGUCACUAGAAAGUUCGAUAACUACUGCCAAAUCAAGCGAAAUUAAUGUGAUGGUUCCUGGAGCAGGGCCUGAGAUUGAUUGGGUUGAGCACGCUUUACCCCAGCAAUAUAUUCAUGCUUUCAAGGAUGGACAAUUUGUGACAUCUCCAGUCUCUCACUCUGGAGGGUAAAUUUUUUUGUUUUUUUCUCGUGUGAAUUGACAUUUGCUUUUGAUCUUCGUUCACUCCUGCUUUUAUAGGAGAAAUGAGGGGGGAGUUUGUGUUCUAUUUCUUGAUUUCUUAUCGUCAUUUUGGUUUGCAUAUCUGCUGUCAAGUUUGUGUUGUGCGUGCUUUGAGUUAUUCUUGAUAUUUGUUCUCCAUUAUUCUAUUUUAUUUUGUUUGUCAGAGUGUUGUAA